GAUGGUCACUGCCUUUUCAGUUAUAUUUGUGCAAAAAUCUCUUGUUCAUCCAGAAAGACAAAACUCAGACACCCCACAUUCUUUGGUUCUGCCUCUUCUAGAUAUCUGCUUCUUAAAUAUUCUCAUUUCUCCUUGCAUUUAUCCAUAGGAGGGAAAAAGAAAAUUAUUCCUGAUCCUGCGUUGGGAGUUGUUAGCAAAAGAUAGGGAGAUGAAGCAUUUUCUAGUGGUUCUACUUCUUUUUCUCUUGAUGCAAGAAAAGGGCUUUCUUCUUCAAGUUAAGGCAGGGGAUGGAUUUGUCAGGACCAGAGGAAUACAUUUCAUGUUGAAUAAUGGUCCUUACUAUGCUAAUGGCUUCAAUGCCUACUGGUUAAUGUACGUGGCUUCUGACCCUUCUCAGAGGUCCAAAGUUUCAGCUGCAUUUAGGGAAGCUUCUAGUCAUGGCCUUACAGUUGCAAGGACUUGGGCUUUCAACGAUGGUGGUUAUAGGGCCUUGCAGUAUGCUCCUGGUGCCUACAACGAGCAAACGUUCAAGGGGUUGGAUUUUGUUGUAGCAGAGGCCAGAAGAUAUGGGAUUAAGCUUAUAUUAAGCUUGGCAAAUAACUAUGAAAGCUUUGGAGGAAAGAAACAGUACGUGGACUGGGCUAGAAGUCGAGGGCAAUACCUUAGUUCUGAUGAUGAUUUCUUUAGAAAUUCAGUUGUCAAGGGAUACUACAAAAAUCACAUAAGAACUGUUCUCAACAGAUACAACACAUUCACUGGGAUUCUUUACAUGAAUGAUCCCACUAUCAUGGCAUGGGAGCUGAUGAACGAGCCCCGUUGCACCUCAGAUCCUUCGGGAAGGACCAUUCAGGCCUGGAUUAUGGAAAUGGCUUCUUAUGUUAAGUCAAUAGACAGAAAUCAUUUGUUGGAAGCUGGUCUGGAAGGAUUUUAUGGACAAUCCACACCUCAGAGGACUCACCUCAAUCCUGGAUUGAAUAUAGGAACUGAUUUCGUUGCAAACAACCGUGUACCUGGCAUUGAUUUUGCUACCGUACAUUCCUAUCCAGAUAUCUGGCUAUCCAGCUCAAAUGAUCAAUCCCAAGUCUCUUUUAUGAACCAAUGGCUUGACGCCCACUUUCAAGAUGCUCAGUAUAUGCUUGGAAAACCCGUAAUGGUUGCAGAAUUCGGAAAAUCCUGGAAAGACAGUGGCUUCAGCAACUAUGAAAGAGAUGCUUUGUUCAACGACGUAUAUUUCAAGGUUUAUUCCUCAGCAAAACAUGGUGGUCCAGCAGCUGGAGCCUUGUUCUGGCAACUUCUAACUGAAGGCCUGGAUUCCUUCCGGGACGGAUAUGAGAUUGUGUUAAGCCAGAGCCCGUCUACGGCGAAUGUGAUUGCCCAACAGUCCUAUAAGCUUCGCCUGAUCCAGAAGAUCUUCACCCGGAUGCUAGACAUUAAGAGGUGGAAGAGAGCAAGGGCUGCUAGGGGACAAUGGAUCGACAGAAACAAGGGGAGGCACAUUGGAAACUGAUGAAUAGCAGCUUCCAUACGAUAUAAUAGUUGUGCAAGCCGCAAGGCAGACCGUGCAUUGGUCAAGUGAUAAAUAACUGUCUACGUUUCCAUAAGGUCCAGAGUUCUGCAGCAAGCCUGUGUUUGAAUCAAAUGUUUGUCUUAAUGGAAAUAUAUGGUACGUUGAAAAAUGUAGUGUGUGACGUUUUGCAUAGAGUCUGAAUCUCUCUUAGAGAUGAAUGAAAAGUUGUUCAUCCAGGAGGAAGACUUGUUUAGGGUCAUCGGAAGGAGGAAUUAUUACCCUUGAUGAAGUGCUUUAAUCUUACUAUAGUAUUGUCCUUGCAUGCAGGCUUUGUUC